GCGGAAGUGCGAGUCGACUACUGUAGGCUGCGGUCCGGCGAUGGUGGGCGGCGGUGGGGCUGGGGGCGGCCUCCUAGAGAACGCCAACCCGCUCAUCUAUGAGCGUUCUGGGGAGCGGCCCGUGACGGCAGGCGAGGAGGACGAGCAGGUUCCCGACAGCAUCGACGCACGUGAGAUCUUCGAUCUUAUUCGCUCCAUCAAUGACCCGGAGCAUCCACUGACACUAGAGGAAUUGAACGUAGUAGAGCAAGUCCGGGUUCAGGUUAGCGACCCCGAGAGCACAGUGGCUGUGGCCUUCACGCCCACCAUUCCACAUUGCAGCAUGGCCACUCUUAUUGGUCUGUCCAUCAAAGUCAAACUUCUUCGCUCCCUUCCCCAGCGUUUCAAGAUGGAUGUGCACAUUACACCAGGUACCCAUGCCUCGGAACAUGCAGUGAACAAGCAGCUUGCAGAUAAGGAGCGGGUGGCAGCUGCUCUGGAGAAUACCCACCUUCUGGAGGUUGUGAAUCAGUGCCUGUCAGCCCGCUCCUGAGUCUGGCUUUUGGCCCCCAGCUUGCACAACGGUGUCCUGGCUCAUGGCUGUGUUCUCUUGAAUCACUGACAAUGAGAAACUAACAUUUUGUAAUAAACUUUUAAUUUAUAUUCA